CAUUCAUUUCCUGAGAACUGCCCUGAGCAGCUGAGAGGAGCAGAGAGGGGAGGGAGUCACACACAGUGAGAGAGAGAGAGAGAGAGAGAGAGAGAGAGAGAGAGAGAGAGAGAGAGAGAGAGAGAGAGAGAGAGAGAGAGAGAGAGAGAGAGAGAGAGAGAGAGAGAGAGAGUGAGAGACAGACAGAGAGGACUGUAUAAGGAAGACAGUUUCUGUCGCUCUGCAGCUCCUGGUCAGACGCCAUCAAUAACAGGAUGUUAAUGCUAGACGGAAUGCCUGCAGUCCGAGUCAAAGCAGAACCUCUGGAAUCUGAGAGAGGGUCACCCAAAGUGCACGGCUAUCCUGAUAUGGAGGCGGUGCCAAUCCUGCUCAGCAAAGUGAAGGCAGAACCUCCAGAAGACCUGCUUUCAUCCGAGCAGUUCCAGACCCAGACGGAGCCCGUGGACCUGUCAAUCAACAAAACACGGACAUCAUCUCCUUCAUCCAACACCUCACCCAUUACCUCAGCCUUCUCUCCAUCCUCCUCUUCAUCAUCGUCGUCCUCACCUUCCGUCAUCGCCUCCAUCUCCGCGGGAAUGCCCUCCGUUUUGACACCCGGGCCGUUGGUGGGCUCUUCUCAUGGAGUUAGAGGCCAGCAAUUUUUGCACAUCAUCCACCCUGUUCCCCCUUCGAGUCCCAGUAAACUGCCCAGUCAGGUGCACCGUAUCCCUGUUGUGGUGCAGUCGCUGCCCCUCAUGUACACCACAUCCGUACGCUCUCCUUCCACCCUCAACUCCACCAUCAUGUUACCUCUCCUGGACGAGGCCAAGUGCCUGGGCAAAGCACAAACAGAUCCCAAUGGCCUGUCGCCAAGACAAAUCAAAAGUGACAGUGAUGAUGACGACCUGCCAAACGUGACCUUGGACAGUGUUAAUGAAACAGGAUCCACAGCGCUGUCUAUAGCACGAGCAGUGCAGGAUUCCAUGUCACCAUUCAGUAUUGAGAGCAUUCGACGGCCACAGCCACCUGAAUCUCCAGACUCCAAGAAAAGACGCAUCCACAGGUGCGACUUUGCAGGCUGUAAUAAGGUUUAUACUAAGAGCUCCCAUUUAAAGGCACACCGGAGGACACACACAGGUGAGAAGCCAUACAAGUGCACCUGGGACGGCUGCACAUGGAAGUUCGCCCGCUCGGACGAGUUGACACGGCAUUAUCGUAAACACACAGGGGUCAAACCCUUUAAGUGUGGGGACUGCGACCGAAGCUUUUCCCGCUCAGACCAUCUGGCCCUGCAUCGUCGCAGACACAUGCUGGUCUGAAUCCACACACACAAGGGAGAGCUGGAUCUCCCCCAAUAGUGUUCAGCUGGGCUGGAUACAAAAAUGGCCAUCCCUGCCCCUGAGAAAGAGAGAGAGAGAGA